AACUAAAGUUUGUCGAAAAUUUGUAGUGAGUGUUCAGUGACCCCAAAAUUUUCCCACCCCCAACCCCUUCCUUUGGCCAUGGAUUUCGAAUUCCUUACUCCGCCGCCAGAGGAACGGACCAUUCGCACCCACAAUCUGACCGAAGAACAGGUCAAGGAUUUGGAGAUUGCCUUUUCCCUGUUUGACGACCAAGACACUAAGGUUAUUCCUAUAACAAAUCUCAGGCAACUAAUGCUGUCUGUGGCCCACUAUCCCAGUGAUAUGGAAUUGCAGGAAAUUCAGGCCGAGAUCGAUGCUGAUGGAUCCGGUGAGUUAUAUCUCAGCGAUUUCCUUCACAUCAUGUCUCAGAGGUACGCAAACAUGUCUACCGAGGAUGAAAUUAUAGCUGCAUUCAGAGUCUUUGACAAAGAAGGAACCGGCUUAAUAUCUGAAUCGGAAUUUCGUCACAUAAUGCAGAACAUGGGGGAGCAAUUGACGGAUGAUGAGGUGGAGGAGAUCAUCCGUGAUGCAAAUUCUGAUUUGGAAGGCAAUAUAGACUAUGUGCGAUUUGUCAGAAUGAUGUCCACUACAUAAGGAAAAAGCAGGCUUUAGGGGUUGGGAACCCGACCUGUCAGUAUCAGUAUCAUCAAAACAGUUUCGGCUCAUUCCCUUUCGUAAAUUCCAACAGUCUAUAGCUCUGCAAGCAUUUAAAAAUAUCUCGAUAAAUACCGAAAAUCUUUGAAAAUUUAUCAAGAUGUCCGAACUAACGGAGGAGCAGAUUGCCGAGUUCAAGGAUGCCUUUGUCCAGUUCGACAAGGAGGGAACCGGCAAGAUCGCCACCCGUGAGCUGGGCACAUUGAUGCGCACCUUGGGCCAGAAUCCAACGGAGGCCGAGUUGCAAGAUUUGAUAGCUGAGGCCGAGAACAACAACAAUGGCCAACUGAACUUCACUGAGUUCUGCGGUAUAAUGGCCAAGCAAAUGCGGGAAACUGACACUGAGGAGGAAAUGCGUGAGGCAUUCAAGAUUUUUGAUCGUGAUGGCGAUGGCUUUAUAUCACCAGCUGAGCUUCGCUUUGUGAUGAUCAAUCUGGGCGAAAAGGUCACCGACGAGGAGAUCGAUGAGAUGAUUCGCGAGGCUGAUUUUGAUGGGGAUGGCAUGAUCAACUACGAGGAAUUCGUAUGGAUGAUAAGCCAGAAGUAGUACAGCUACUUUAAAUGAAAUAAAAAUAUUUGGGGUCACUGCAU